UUUGCUCUUAUAUAGAGAGAUAAAGGGGACACCACCAAUAAGGCCCUGUCGUUCAGCCUCCAAAGCUCUUUCAGAACCUUUCCUUCGUUGUCUGCUCCAUUCCAGGUGGCCAUGGUGGAAGUCCAGCUAGACGCAGAACACGACUACCCUCCGGGACUCUUGAUAGCCUUCAGCGCUUGCACGACCGUCCUGGUGGCCGUCCACCUCUUUGCCUUGAUGAUCAGCACCUGCAUCUUGCCCAACAUCGAGGCCGUCAGCAAUGUCCACAACCUCAACUCCGUCAAGGAGUCGCCCCACGAGCGCAUGCACCGCCACAUCGAGCUGGCCUGGGCUUUCUCCACCGUCAUUGGGACCCUGCUCUUCUUGGCCGAAGUGGUCCUUCUCUGUUGGGUCAAGUUCCACCCGCUGAAGAAGAACACGGGCGCCGACAUGCAGGCGAGCAACGGCACCAUCACCGCUGGCGAGGCCGCCGCCAUCACCUCCACCACCAUCAUGGUCCCCUUCGGCGUGGUCUUCAUCAUCUUCGCGGUCCACUUUUACCGCUCGCUGGUGACUCACAAGACGGAUCGGCAGUUCCAGGAGCUGAAUGAGCUGGCCGAGUUUGCCCGCUUGCAGGACCAGCUGGACCACAGAGGGGACUCCGUACCUUCUCCCAGUGACCGUUUCGUCUAGAAAGCGUCGAGGAGAUCUAAGGUGGUGGAGCCCGCCCGUUUCUCCUGACCUUCCCGAAUUUGUCUGAGCCUGUAACCUUUGUGUAAGGAGAGGAGUUACAGGAACGGAACUUCUUAAAGAGCUUUUCAGAAAUAAUAAUUAAACCAAUAAAAGGCAAAAGAGUG